AUGCAGGUGGGCAACAAGACAGAGUGUGGCCUUCUGGGCCUGGUGCUGGACCUGAAGAGAGACUACCAGCCCGUCCGCAACCAGAUCCCAGAGGAGAAACUCUACAAGGUAUUCUACACCUUUUUCGUUGUGGUUCUCUGUCAUGAUGUCUCUUACCUCUCUUGUCCUCUGUACCCUUGUCUUUCUUUCUUUCCCCCUACAAGGUAAAGAUGAGGAUGUUGAUGGUGGUGAUGGUGGUGGUGAUGGUGGUGGUGAUGAUGGUGAUGAUGGUGGUGAUGAUGGUGGUGGUGAUGAUGGUGAUGGUAGUGAUGAUGAUGAUGGUGGUGAUGGUGGUGGUAUUUGUAUUUAUUAAGGAUCCCCAUUAGUUCCUGCCAAGGCAAAAACUACUCUUCCUGGGGUCCAGCAAAAAUAAGGCAGUUCAUACAAUUUAAAAACAUUACAAUACAUUCACAGAUUUCACAACACACUGUGUGUCCUCAGGCCCCAAGAAUCCAUGUGUACAGUGGCUUGUUAAAGUAUUCACCCCCCUUGGCAUUUUUCCUAUUUUGAUGCCUUACAACCUGGUUUGUAUCAUUAGAUUUACACAACAUGCCUACCACUUUGAAGAUGUAAAAUAUUUUUUAUUGUGAAAUAAACAAGAAAUAAGACCAAAAAAAAAACAGAAAAGUUGAGCGUGCAUAACUAUUCACCCUCCCCCAGUCAAUACUUUGUAGAGCCACCUUUUGCAGCAAUUACAGCUGCAAGUCUCUUGAGGUAUGUCUCUAUAAGCUUGGCACAUCUAGCCACUGGGAUUUUUGCCCAUUCUUCAAGGCAAAACUGCUCCAGCUCCUUCAAGUUGGAUGGGUUCCGCUGGUGUACAGUAAUCUUUAAGUUAUACCACAGAUUCUCAAUUGGAUUGAGGUCUGGGCUUUGACUAGGCCAUUCCAAGACAUUUAAAUAUUUCCCCUUAAACCACUCAAGUGUUGCUUUAGCAGUAUGCUUAGUGUCAUUGUCCUGCUGGAAGGUGAACCUCCGUCCCAGUCUCAAAUCUCUGUAAGACUGAAACAGGUUUCCCUCAAGAAUUUCCCUGUAUUUAGAGCCAUCCAUCAUUCCUUCAAUUCUGACCAGUUUCCCAGUCCCUGCCGAUGAAAAACAUCCCCACAGCAUGAUGCUGCCACCACCAUGCUUCACUGUGGGGAUGGUGUUCUCGGGGUGAUGAGAGGUGUUGUGUAUGCGCCAGACAUAGCGUUUUCCUUGAUGGCCAAAAAGCUCAAUUUUAGUCUUAUCUGACCAGAGUACCUUCUUCCAUAUGUUUGGGGAGUCUCCCACAUGGCUUUUGGCGAACGCCAAACGUUUUUACUUAUUUAUUUAUUUAAGCAAUGGAUUUUUUUCUGGCCACUCUUCCGUAAAGCCCAGCUUUAUGGAGUGUAUGGCUUAAAGUGGUCCUAUGUACAGAUACUCCAAUCUCCGCUGUGGAGCUUUGCAGCUCCUUCAGGGUUAUCUUUGGUCUCUUUGUUGCCUCUGAUUAAUGCUCUCCUUGCGUGGUCCAUGAGUUUUGGGCGGCCCUCUCUUGGCAGGUUUGUUGUGGUGCCAUAUUCUUUCCAUUUUUUAAUAAUGGAUUUAAUGGUGCUCCGUGGGAUGUUCAAAGUUUCUGAUAUUUUUUUAUAACUCAACCCUGAUCUGUACUUCUCCACAACUUUGUCCCUGACCUGUUUUUGGAGAGCUCCUUGGUCUUCAUAAAUAAUAAUAAUAAUAAUAUGCCAUUUAGCAGACGCUUUUAUCCAAAGCGACUUACAGUCAUGCGUGCAUACAUUUUUUUUCAUGGUGCCGCUUGCUUGGUGGUGCCCCUUGCUUAGUGGUGUUGCAGACUCUGGGGCCUUUCAGAACAGGUGUAUAUAUACUGAGAUCAUGUGACAGUUCAUGUGACACUUAGAAUGCACACAGGUGGACUUUAUUUAACUAAUUAUUUGACUUUUUAAGGUAAUUGGUUGCACCAGAUCUUAUUUAGGGGCUUCAUAUCAAAAGGGGUGAAUAAAUAUGCACGCACCACUUUUCCGUUAUUUAUUUUUUAGAAUUUGUUGAAACAAGUUAUUUUUUAAAUUUCACUUCACCAAUUUGGACUAUUUUGUGAAUGUCCAUUACAUGAAAUCCAAAUAAAAAUCCAUUGAAAUUACAGGUUGUAAUGCAACAAAAUAGGAAAAACGCCAAGGGGGAUGAAUACUUUUGCAAGUGCGUAUGUUAUCGUGUGUGUGCGCCUAUGUUUGUGUUGCUUCACAGUCCCCACAGUUCCAUAAGGUGUUUUUUUAAUCUGUUUUUUAAAUCUAAUGAUGAUGGUUAUGAUGAUGAUGAUGAUGGUGGUGUUGGUGAUGGUGGUGUUGAUGAUGGUGCAGAUGAUGGUGGUGGUGGUGGUGAUGUUGGUGGUGGUGUUGACGAUGAUGAUGAUGGUGGUGGUGAUGGAGGUGUUGAUGAUGGUGGAGAUGAUGGUGGUGGUGGUGAUGAUGAUGUUGAUGAUGGUGGUGAUGGGUGAUGAUGGUGGUGGUGGUGGUGGUGAUGGUGAUGGUGAUGGUGAUGGUGAUGGUGGUGUUGAUGAUGGUGGUGGUGGUGGUGGUGGUGUUGAUGAUGGUGGUGAUGGUGGUGGUGAUGGUGGUGGUGGUGAUGGUGGUGGUGGUGGUGGUGGUGAUGGUGGUCAAUCAAUCAAUCAAUUUUAUUUUAUAUAGCCCUUCUUACAUCAGCUAAUAUCUCGAAGUGCUGUACAGAAACCCAGCCUAAAACCCCAAACAGCUAGUAAUGCAGGUGUAGAAGCACGGUGGCUAGGAAAAACUCCCUAGAAAGGCGAAAACCUAGGAAGAAACCUAGAGAGGAACCAGGCUAUGAGGGGUGGCCAGUCCUCUUCUGGCUGUGCCGGGUGGAGAUUAUAACAGAACCAUGCCAAGAUGUUCAAAAAUGUUCAUAAGUGACAAGCAUGGUCAAAUAAUAAUCAGGAAUAAAUCUCAGUUGGCUUUUCAUAGCCGAUCAUUAAGAGUUGAAAACAGCAGGUCUGGGACAGGUAGGGGUUCCAUAACCGCAGGCAGAACAGUUGAAACUGGAAUAGCAGCAAGGCCAGGCGGACUGGGGACAGCAAGGAGUCACCACGGCCGGUAGUCCCGACGUAUGGUCCUAGGGCUCAGGUCUCUCAGUUGGCUUUUCAUAGCCGAUCAUUAAGAGUUGAAAACAGCAGGUCUGGGACAGGUAGGUGGUGAUGAUGAUGUUGAUGAUGGUGGUGGUGGUGAUGGUGUUGGAUGAUGAUUAUGGUGUUUACAUGUUUGUCUUUAUGUCAAUCGUUGUGUUAUGAAGCCAUAGACACAUUUCCCCAUUGUCUGGACAAUAAAGUUGUUCUAAUUCUAAUUCUAAUUAUUCUAAUUAAGAAUUCUAAUCCUAAUUCUACCAGGUGUACACCUUUAACUCGGUCAGGAAGUCUAUGUCCACGGUCAUCAAACUACCAGACGGCUCAUUCAGGAUGUACAGCAAAGGAGCCUCCGAGAUCGUCCUCAAGAAGUGAGUGGUUCACAGCUCGGUCUGACACCAUAGAGUCCAUGAUGGAUCUUGGUUCAUCUUCAGUUUCCAGAACCCAAUCCAGAAAGGAAAGAAACCCCUCUACCUCCUAUGCACUUGUAGAGAUCUUAGAUGAGAGACAAUCCUCUCAGAUCUUCUUCGCAGAGGGCCAAAAGGAGCUAGAGAUUGAUUUUGGGGAUUGAUUGAUUGGAACUGCAUGUAUUGGAUUUAUGAUGUUCAUCACUGAUCUACUCAAGGCUUUAGCCCUUCUCGUCAGGCUUUGGUAUAGUGGCACUACAACUCAGAAUGAGACUACCGAGGCCUUGUUCCUGACCUCUAACCCCUUGACCUCUAACCUCUAACCUUUGCCCCUCUGUCCCCCCAGGUGCACUAAGAUCCUGAACCAGGAAGGCGAGCCACGGGUGUUCCGUCCCCGGGACAAGGACGAGAUGGUAAAGAAGGUGAUCGAGCCGAUGGCGUGUGAUGGGCUGCGGACCAUCUGCGUGGCAUUCCGUGACUUUCCUGCCGACCCAGAACCCCUCUGGGACAAUGAGAGCGACAUCCUCAAUGAGCUGACGGCCGUCUGCGUGGUUGGCAUAGAGGACCCCGUCAGGCCAGAGGUAGGUAGGGUGGAGUGUGUGUGUGUGUGUGUGUGUUCGCAUAGAGUACACUGUCAGAUGUGGUCCUCUGUAGCUCAAUUAGUAGAGCACGGCGCUUGUAACGCCAGGGUAGUGGGUUCGAUCCCCGGGACCACACAUACGUAAAAAUUUAUGCACACAUGACUGUAAGUCGCUUUGGAUAAAAGCGUCUGCUAAAUGGCAUAUUAUUAAAAAACUCUAGACCACCUUUACUCCACACACAGAGACGCAUACAAAGCUCUCCCUCGCCCUCCAUUUGGCAAAUCUGACCAUAACUCUAUCCUCCUGAUUCCUGCUUAUAAGCAAAAACUAAAGCAGGAAGCACCAGUAACUCGUUCAAUAAAAAAGUGGUCAGAUGACGCAGAUGCUAAGCUACAGGACUGUUUUGCUAGCACAGACUGGAAUAUGUUCCCGGAUUCUUCAGAUAGCAUUGAGGAGUACACCACAUCAGUCACUGGCUUCAUCAGUAUGUGCAUCGAUGAUGUCGUCCCCACAGUGACCGUACGUACAUACCCCAACCAGAAGCCAUGGAUUACAGGCAACAUCCGCACUGAGCUAAAGGGUAGAGCUGUCGCUUUCAAGGAGCGGGACUCUAACCCGGACGCUUAUAAGAAAUCCCGCUAUGCUCUCCGACGAACCAUCAAACAGGCAAAGAGUCAAUACCAGACUAAGAUUGAAUUGUACUACACCGGCUCUGACACUUGGAUGUGGCAGGGCUUGAAACCUAUUACAGACUACAAAAGGAAGCACAGCCGCGAACUGCCAAGUGACACACACCUACCAAACGAGCUAAAUCACUUCUAUGCUCGCUUCGAGGCAAGCAACACUGAAGCAUGCAUGAGAGCACCAGCUGUUCCAGAUGACUAUGUGAUCACGCUCUCCGUAGCCGAUGUGAGUAAGACUUUUAAGCAGGUCAACAUUCACAAGGCCGCUGGGCCAGACGGAUUACCAGGACGUGUACUCCGAGCAUGUGCUGACCAACUGGCAAGUGUCUUCACUGACAUUUUCAACAUGUCCCUGACUGAGUCUGUAAUACCAACAUGUUUCAAGCAGACCACCAUAGUCCUUGUACCCAAGGACACUAAGAUAACCUGCCUAAAUUACUACCGACCCGUAGCAUUCACGUCUAUAGCCAUAAAGUGCUUUGAAAGGCUGGUCAUGGCUCACAUCAACACCAUUAUCCCAGAAACCCUAGACCCACUCCAAUUUGCAUACCGCCCCAACAGAUCCACAGAUGAUGCAUUCUCUAUUGCACUCCACACUGCCCUUUCCCACCUGGACAAGAGGAACACCUACGUGAGAAUGCUGUUCAUUGACUACAGCUCAGCGUUCAACACCACAGUGCCCUCAAAAGCUCAUCACUAAGCUAAUGAUCCUGGGAUUAUGUUGCAUUGUUGGUUAAGAGCUUGUAAGUAAGCAUUUCACUGUAAAGUCUACACAAGUUGUAUUCGGCGCAUGUGGCAAACAAAAUUUGAUUUGAUUUGAGUAAUGGGUCUGAAUACUUACGUAAAUGUGAUAUUUCCAUAUUUUGCGUCUAUAUAGACUACAAUAUGAUCGGUACAAAUAAAAUAUAGGUAGGUAGGUACACCAAUGUAAAGUAGCUGUUUGAUUUAAAACAACAUGAGAAUGAGAGGAGAUUCACAGUCUACCUGAACAGAGCAAUACUCAAUCAUGAGGCAUCAAAGCCAAAGGAAUUGCACAAUAUUAGGAAAUGCUAUAGAUGGAAGGAAAGUAGUGUAGAAACCUACCAAAAAAAACAAUUAGGCAACAACAAAUUCAAUCCCUUUUAGACAACUUCCUGGACAAAACAUUUCACUGUAAUAGUGAAGGUGUAAACUUGGCUGUAGAAAGCCUAAACAGUACAUUUGACCUUUCAGCUUCCAAAUCUAAACAUUUCAAGCAGACAACCUAAGAAAAUAACAACAAUGACAACUGGUUUGAUGAAGAAUACAAAAACCUAAGAAAGAAACCUAUACAACCAAAAACAUAGAUACCCAGAAAACCUGAGUUUACUCCUCAACAGCCAACUGCUCCUCCUCGACUGUAAAGUCACUUGAUAAAGUGUUGAGUUGGGUUCCCGUAGGCAGAGAGGACAGAGCCUCUAUGUAUGGCUCAUAGGUAGGUACAGCUAACCAGGGUAAUGCAGCUUUAUGAUUGAAAACAACAUUAUAAUGGGUUGAGAAGAUUUAAAAUGGUGGAGAGCUGACCUCAACUGCCCCUCCCUUCCGCUCCUCCGCUCCACUCUCCCCCCCCCCCUCCCCCCCCCCCCCCCCCCCCCCUCUCUCUCUCUCUCUCUCUCUCUCUCUCUCUCUCUCUCUCUCCUCUCUCGUUGGACUCUCUCCCUCUCUCUCUUUUUGACUCUCUCCCUCUCUCUCUCUCUCUGACUCUCUCUGUCUCUCUCACUCUCUCUCUCUCUCUCUUUGUCUCUCUCUAUCUCUAUCUCUAUCUCUAUCUCUCCCUCUCUCUCGCCCUCUCUCUCUGACUCUCUCCCUCUCUCUCUCUCUCUCUCUCUCUCUCUCUCUCUCUCUCUCUCUCUCUCUCUCUCUCUCUCUCUCUCUCUGACUCUCUCUCUCUCUCUCUCUCUCUCUCAAUUAAAUUUCAAUUUAAGGUCUUUAUUGGCAUGGGAAACGUAUGUUAACAUUGCCAAAGCAAGUGAAGUAGAUAGUAAACAAAAGUGAAAUAAACCAUAAAAAUUAACAGUAAACAUUACACUCAGAAGUUCCAAAAGAAUAAAGACAUUUCAAAUGUCAUAUUAUGUAUAUAUACAGUGUUGUAAUGAUGUGCAAAAUAGUUAAAGUACAAAUGGGAAAAUAAAUAAACAUAAAUAUGGGUUGUAUUUACAAUGGUGUUUGUUCUUCACUGGUUGCCCUUUUCUUGUGGCAACAGGUCACAUUUCCAAAUCUUGCUGCUGUGAUGGCACAGUGUGGUUUUUCAUCCAGUAGAUAAGAGAGUUUAUAAAAAUUGGGUUUGUUUUCGAAUUCUUUGUGGGUCUGUGUAAUCUGAGGGAAAUAUGUGUCUCUAAUAUGGUCAUACAUUUGGCAGGAGGUUAGGAAGUGCAGCUCAGUUUCCACCUCAUUUUGUGGGCAGUGUGCACAUAGCUUGUCUUCUCUUGAGAGCCAGGUCUGCCUACGGCGGCCUUUCUCAAUAGCAAGGCUAUGUUCACUGAGUCGGUACAUACAGUGAGGGAAAAAAGUAUUUGAUUCCCUGCUGAUUUUGUACGUUUGCCCACUGACAAAGACAUGAUCAGUCUAUAAUUUUAAUGGUAGGUUUAUUUGAACAGUGAGAGACAGAAUAACAACAAAAAAUUCCAGAAAAAUGCAUGUAAAAAAUGUUAUAAAUUGAUUUGCAUUUUAAUGAGGGAUAUAAGUAUUUGACCCCUCUGCAAAACAUGACUUAGUACUUGGUGGCAAAACCCUUGUUGGCAAUCACAGAGGUCAGACGUUUCUUGUAGUUGGCCACCAGGUUUGCACACAUCUCAGGAGGGAUUUUGUCCCACUCCUCUUUGCAGAUCUUCUCCAAGUCAUUAAGGUUUCGAGCCUGACGUUUGGCAACUCAAACCUUCAGCUCCCUCCACAGAUUUUCUAUGGGAUUAAGGUCUGGAGACUGUCUAGGCCACUCCAGGACCUUAAUGUGCUUCUUCUUGAGCCACUCCUUUGUUGCCUUGGCCGUGUGUUUUGGGUCAUUGUCAUGCUGGAAUACCCAUCCACGACCCAUUUUCAAUGCCCUGGCUGAGGGGAGGAGGUUCUCACCCAAGAUUUGACGGUACAUGGCCCCAUCCAUCGUCCAUUUGAUGCGGUGAAGUUGUCCUGUCCCCUUAGCAGAAAAACACCCCCAAAGCAUAAUGUUUCCACCUCCAUGUUUGACGGUGGGGAUGGUGUUCUUGGGGUCAUAGGCAGCAUUCCUCCUCCUCCAAACACGGCGAGUUGAGUUGAUGCCAAAGAGCUCCAUUUUGGUCUCAUCUGACCACAACACUUUCACCCAGUUCUCCUCUGAAUCAUUCAGAUGUUCAUUGGCAAACUUCAGAUGGGCCUGUAUAUGUGCUUUCUUGAGCAGGGGGACCUUGCGGGCGCUGCAGGAUUUCAGUCCUUCACGGCGUAGUGCGUUACCAAUUGUUUUCUUGGUGACUAUGGUGCACUACUAAAAGUAGCCCAUCUCUUGCGAAUGGGUUACAGAACUGGGCCAGAACUCUAGAACUGGGCUGAUCCUUGUCCAGAUAUGUAGGUAUCACAUCCCUGUGUCCCCAAGGUGUCUGGCCAGAACUGCCCGGUGUGGUUUUCAGACAUCUAGAUACUGCUGUAGAUAUUAUCAGAUAACCACCAGUAAUCAUGUUCUGUACGCAGCAACAGCUCUGGAUGUUUGGGUUCAGGUAGUCGGUGCCGUUUAAGAUGAGGGAGGACGAGUAUGUUUUUAUGAACAUGGCCUUAUUUUCUAUUACAGCAUAUUGGAUGACUGUCAUUCAUAUUCCAGUCACCCAGCUCAAUGUAACAUCGAUAUGUUUAGGCUACACUCUUAGAAAAAAAUGGUUCCGAAAAGGGUUUUUCGGCUGUCUCCAUAGGAGAACCCUUCUUGGUUCCAGGUAGAACCCUUUUGCGUUCCAUGUAGAACCGUCUGUGGAAAAGGUUAUACAUGGAACAUAACACUAACACACAUCAAUGUUGAUAAACCGUUUCACUAUGUUAUAGUAGAGGUUACAGCAAGAACAUAACACUAACAGGUAGCUUAGUGGUUAAGAGCAUUGUGCCAGUAACCGAAAGGUCGCUGGUUCUAAUCCCCGAGCCGACUAGGUGAAAAAUCUGUCGAUGUGCCCUUGAGCAAGGCACUUAACCCUAAUUGCUCUGGAUAAGAGUGUCUGAUAAAUGUAAAAUACAUCAAUGUUGAUAAACCGUUUUACUAUGUUAUGGUAGAGAUUACAGAACAUAACCCUAACAUAGAAAACAUGAUGCCAACAGAGAAAACCUACAUAGAUGUUGAACACGUUACGUCAGCAGAGGAUCUGGUGUCAUCACUGAUCCCUCAGUGUCACCAUAUAUUAGACUGAGCAAAAAAUAGCUACUUAAUACAAAACAACACAGCUAACGCGAUGUUGACAUUGAUUACAAGGCAAACACAGAUACAUGUUGAUCAACAUGUUUUUUCUGUUAUUUGCAGAGGUGUUGGUGUCAGUACUGUGUUACACCUCCCUAUCUGGCUCCUCUCAGCGCCCGCACACACUCCUAACACCGCUCAAAGGGCAUCUUAUUAUUAUUCAGUCUGAUGUACAGAGGUGGGUUUGCUUCCCUUAUUUCCCUGCGUAGUGCACUACCCCCCUAUGAGCCAUGGUCUAAAGUAGUGCACUACGUAGGGAAUACAUCUGGGACGCAGCCCCAUCUCUGUACAUCAGACUGAAUAAUAAUGAGAUUACCUUUGAGCGAUGUUAGGAGUGUGUGUGUGUGUGUGUUAGGAGUGUGUGUGUGUGUUAGGAGGUGGUGUGUGGUUAGGAGGUGUGGUGGGUGUUAGGAGUGGUGUGUGUGGUUAGGAGUGGUGUGUGGUGUGUUAGGGUGGGUGGUGUGGAGGAGUGUGUGUGGGUGGGUUGGGUGGUGUGGGUUAGGAGUGUGGUGUGUGUUAGGGGGUGGUGUGUGUGGUUAGGAGGGUGUGUGUGUUAGGAGUGUGUGUGUGUUAGGAGUGUGGUGUGUGUUAGGAGUGUGUGUGUGUGUUAGGAGUGUGUGUGUGUGUUAGGAGGGUUGUGUGUGUGUGUUAGGAGUGUGUGUGUGUUAGGAGUGUGUGUGUGUGGUGUGGUGGUGGGUGGGUGGGUUUGGAGUGUGGGUGUGUGUGUGUGUGUGGUUGGGGUGUGGUGUGGUGUUAGGGGGUGUGUGUGUGAGGUUGUGUGUGUAGGGUGGUGUGUGUGUUAGGAGAUGGUGUGUGUGUUAGGAGGGUGUGUGAGUGUGUGUGUGGGUGGUUUUAGAGGUGGUGUGUUGUGGGGAGGGAGGGAGGUGGUGCUGUAGGAGGAAUAGUAAUGUUGUACAGUUCAAAGCCAAAACAUCUCUACUAAACAAUGUGUAUUUACCUCCUCCUCCUCCUCCUCCUCCUCCUCCUCCUCCUCCUCCUCCUCCUCCCAGUUGGCAGUGAGCGAGUGUCCCAAAUAGCACCCUAUUCCCUAUAUAGUUCACUACUUUUGACCAGAGAAUGGCACCCUAUUCCCUAUAUAGUUCACUACUAUUGACCAGAGGCCCCUCUAUGGGCCCUGGUAAUGAUAAUGGCGCCGGAGGAGAUGGAUGCCGUUUUACGGGCUCCUAACUAAUUGUGCUAUUUUGUGUGUUUUUUUUGGCAUUGUUUGUAAGUUAUUUUGUACAUAAUGUUGCUGCUACCGUCUCUUAUGACCAAAAAUAACUUCUGGAUAUAAGAACAGCGAUUACUCACCUCGAACUGGACGAAGAUUCUUUUUUUAAUGAGUCUGACGCAAAGGAUAUACUCUUUCUCCCGGACCAGGCCCAAAUCCCCGUCAUUCGCGUGAAGAAAAGACGGACAUACAGAGGGAGGAGAUCAGGGUGCCUUGUGGGUAACCAAGCCUCUACCAUCCGUUCUAUUGGCCAAUGUGCAAUCACUGGAAAACAAACUGGAUGAUCUAUGGUCGAGACUAUCCUACCAACGGGAUAUUAAAAACUGUAACAUCUUAUGUUUCACCGAGUCGUGGCUGAACGACAACACGGAUAAUAUAGAGGAGGCUGGGUUUUCCAUCGCAUCGGCAGGACAGAGCAGCUACGUCCGGUAAGACGAGGGGCGGGGGGGGGGUGUCUAUUUGUCAAUAACAGCUGGUGCCCGAUGUCUAAUAUUAAGGUAGUCUCGAGGUAUUGCUCGCCUGAGUUAGAGUACCUCAUAAUAAACUGUAGACCACACUAUUUACCAAGAGAGUUUUCAUCUAUAUUCUUCGUAGCCGUCUAUUUACCACCACAAACUGAUGCCGGCACUAAGACCGCACUCAACGAGCUGUAUAAGGCCAUAAGCAAACAAUAAUAUUCUCAUCCAGAAGCGGCGCCCCUAGUGGCUGGGGACUUUAAUGCAGGCAAACUUAAAUCAGUUUUACCUAAUUUCUACUAGCAUGUCACAUGUGCAACCAAAGGAAAAUAAACUCUAGACCACCUUUACUCCACACACAGAGACACAUACAAAGCUCUCCCUCGCCCUCCAUUUGGCAAAUCUGAUAAUAAUGAUAUCCUCCUGAUUCCUGCUUACAAGCAAAAACUAAAGCAGGAAGCACCAGUGACUCGCUCAAUAGAGAAGUGGUCAGAUGACGCAGAUGCUACGCUACAGGACUGUUUUGCUAGCACAGAUUGGAAUAUGUUCCGGGAUUCUUCAGAUAGCAUUGAGGAGUAUACCGCCUCAGUCACUGGCUUCAUCAAUAAGUGCAUCGACGAAGUCAUCCCCACAGUGACCGUACAUACAUAUCCCAACCAGAAGCCAUGGAGUACAGGCAACGUCCGCACCGAGCUAAAGGCUAGAGCUGCCGCUUUCAAGGAGCGGGACACUAAUCCGGAUGCUUAUAAGAAAUCCUGCUAUGCCCUCAGACGAACCAUCAAACAGGCAAAGCGUCAAUGCAGGAUUAAGAUUGAAUCCUACUACACCGGCUCUGAUGCUCGUCGGAUGUGGCACAGCUUGCAAGCUAUUACGGACCCAGCCGCGAGCUGCCCAGUGACAUGAGCCUACCAGAUGAGCUAAAUGCCUUUUAUGCUCGCUUCGAGGCAAGCAACACUGAAGCAUGCAUGAGAGCACCAGCUGUUCCGGACUACUGUGUGAUCACGCUUUCCAUAGACGAUGUGAGCAAGACCUUUAAACAGGUCAAUAUUCACAAGGCCGUAAGGCCAGACGGAUUACCAGGACGUGUACUCAGAGCAUGCGCGGACCAACUGGCAAGUGUCUUCACUGACACUUUCAACCUCUCCCUGACCGUGUCUGUAAUACCUACAUGUUUCAAGCGGACCACCAUAGUCCCUGUGCCCAAGAAAGCAACGGUAACCUGCCUAAAUGACUACCGCCCCGUAGCACUCACGUCGGUAGCCAUGAAGUGCUUUGAAAGGCUGGUCAUGGCUCACAUCAACACCAUCAUCCCGGAAACCAUAGACCCACUCCAAUUCGCAUACCGCCCCGAUAGAUCCACAGAUGACGCAAUCUCAAUCGCACUCCACACUGCCCUUUCCCACCUGGACAAAAGGAUCACCUACGUGAGAAUGCUGUUCAUUGACUACAGCUCAGCGUUCAACACCAUAGUGCCCUCAAAGCUCAUCACUAAGCUAAGGAUCCUGGGACGAAACACCUCAUCACUAAGCUUUGUAGCAGCAGCUUCCUGGGGUUUGUUAAGGAUCCCCGUUAGGUUCUGCCAAGGCUUUUUUAGUCAUUUAGCAGACGCUCUUAUCCAAAGCGACUUACAGUUAGUGAGUGCAUACAUUUUCAUACUGGCCCCCCGUGGGAAACGAACCCACAACCCUGGCGUUGCAAGCGCCAUGCUCUACCAACUUAGCUACAGGGGUUUAUUAUGGAUCCCCAUUAGUUCCUACCAAGACAGGAAGCUACUCUUCCUGGGGUUUAUUUCCACAUUAUUCAUUACAAUUAUUUAAUUGAGGUUUAGGGUUUAGUGAAUGAUUUGUCCCAAAUACAAUGCUUUUAGUUUUUGAAAUAUUUAGGACUAACUUAUUCCUUGCCACCCAUCCUGAAACUGACUGCAGCUCUUUGUUAGCUCUUGUCAGCUCUUUGUCAGCUCUUUGUUAAGUGCUGCAGUAAUUUCACUCGCUGUAGUAGCUGAUGCGUAUAGUGUUGGGUCAUCCGCAUACAUAGACACACAUGCUUUAUUCAGAGCCAGUGGCAGGUCAUUAGUAAAGAAAAUAAAAAAGUAAGGGGCCUAGACAGCUGCCUUGGGGAAUUCCUGAUUCUACUUGGAUUAUGUUGGAGAGGCUUCUGUGUGUGUGUGUGUGCAUGUGUGUGUGUGUGUGUGUGUGUGUAUGUGUGUUUGUUUAUGUAUUAAGUCCGUGACAUGUUGGAAGUACAAUCCAAUAACGAGGAGGCAGAAAGGUAAGUUUAGUCUAGUUACUCCAAUAAACAUGUUGCUAAGUCUGCAGGUGACUGUGAACUCCCACACCUAUGGGGUGCACAUGCUAUAUAUGGGAGUGUCUGUGUGCGCUCCUUAAUGUCCCCACCACCACUAUACAACACUUUUUUAUUCUAGUAAUGCCAGGGUUGUGGGUUCGAUUCCCGUUGAGGACAAUUGUAUUAAAAUGUAUGCCCUCACUGUACUACAGUAUAAGUCAAGGGUAUUCUAAAUGACAUAUAGUCUGUGUGUGUCUAUGUGAGAUAUACAGUUCAUUCGGAAAGUAUUCAGACCCCUUGACUUUUUCCAUAUUUUGUUACGUUACAACCUUAUUCUAAAAUUGAUUAAAUUUUGUUUUUUUUCCUCAUCAGUCUAAACACAAUUACCCAUAAUGACAAAGCAAAAACAGGUUUUUCGAAAUGUCAGACCAUUUACUCAGUACUUUGUUGAAGCAUCUUUGGCAGCGAUUACAGCCUCAAAUCUUCUUGGGGAUGACGCUACAAGCUUGGCACACCUGUAUUCUCUGCAGAUCCUCUCAAGCUCUGUCAGGUUGGAUGGGGAGCGUCGCUGCACAGCUAUUAUCAGGACUCUCCAGAGAUGUUCGAUAGGGUUCAAGUCCGGGUUCUGGCUGGGCCACUCAAGGACAUUCAGAGACUUGUUCCGAAGCCACUCGUGCGUUGUCUUGGCUGUGUGCUUAGGGUCGUUGUCCUGUUGGAAGGUGAACUUUCCCCCCCAGUCUGAGGUCCUGAGCACUCUGGAGCAGGUUUUCAUCAAGGAUCUCUCUGUACUUUGCUCUGUUCAUCUUUCCCUCGAUCCUGACUAGUCUCCCAGUCCCUGCCGCUGAAAAACAUCCCCACAGCAUGAUGCUGCCACCACCAUUCUUCACCGUAGGGAUGUUGCCAGGUUUCCUCCAGAUGUGACGCUUGGCAUUCAGGCCAAAUAGUUCAAUCUUGGUUUCAUCAGACAAGAUAAUCUUGUUUUUCAUUGUCUGAGAGUCCUUUAGGUGCCUUUUGGUAAACUCCAAGUGGGCUGUCAUGUGCCUUUUACUGAGUAGUGGCUUCCGUCUGGCCAGUCUACCAUAAAGGCCUAAUUGGUGGAAAGCUGCAAAGAUGGUUGUCCUUCUGGGAGGUUUUCCCAUCUCCACAGAGGAACUCUAGAGCUCUGUCAGAGUGACCAUCAGGUUCCUGGUCACCUCCCUGACCAAGGCCCUUCUCCCCCGAUUGCUCAGUCUGGCCAGGCGGCCAGCUCUAGGAAGAGUCUUGGUGGUUCCAAACUUCUUCCAUUUAAGAAUGAUGGAGGCCAUUGUGUUCUUGGGGACCUUCAGUGCUGCAGAAAGUUUUGGUACCCUUCCCCAGAUCUGUGCCUCGACACAAUCCUGUUUCGGAACUCUACGGACAAUUCCUUCAACCUCAUGGCUUGGUUUUUGCUCUGACAUGCACUGUCAACUGUGGGACCUUAUAUAGACAAGUUUGUGUCUUUCCAUUACGGGGUAUUGUGUGUAGAUUGAUGAGGAUUUUCAUUUAUUUAAUCCAUUUUAGAAUAAGGCUGUAAUGUAACAAAAUGUGGAAAAACUAAAGGGGUCUGAAUACUUUCCGAAUGCACUGUAUAGGGACUCACUGUUCUACAGAAUAAAGGGUAUUGUCUGUGAUGCACUAUAUAUGCAAAGGUAUGUGGACAGCCCUUCAAAUGAGUUGAUUCGGCUAUUUCAGCCACACCCGUUGCUGACAGGUGUAUAAUAUCAAGCACACAUCCAUGCAAUCUCCAUAGACAAACAUUGGCAGUAGAAUUACCUUACUGAAGAGCUCAGUGACUUUCAACGUGGCACCGUCAUAGAAAACCACCUCACUGUGUGUGUGUGUGUGUGUGUGUGUGUGUGUGUGUGUGUGCCCUGCAGGUGCCUGCUGCCAUUGUCCGUUGCCAGCGUGCGGGCAUCACAGUGCGCAUGGUGACAGGUGACAACAUUAACACGGCCAGGGCCAUCGCCAUCAAGUGUGGCAUCAUCCACCCUGGAGAAGACUUC